AUUACGAGUGGUGUGGAAAUUGGAAUUUGCAGCACCGCGCAGUCCAUGGAGAAAUUUCCAGAAUCUUCAUCGAAAGGGACAAAACGCCGUCGAGAUGAAGAUUCCGACGCCGGAAAUACAUCCUCACUCGAGGACGAUCUUACGUUCACCGAUACGUCGGUUGCGCUUCGAAUCAUGCGAGCUCAGUUUCCCCACAUUCAAAAGGGUUCGGUGGAGCCUUUUAUAUUGAAGUCACAAUUGUAUAGCAGUGUGAAGGACAGAACGCAAGUGGAUAGGGAAUUAGAGUCUCUGAGGAGGGACAAAGUUUUGCGUCUUUUCAAAUUAAAUACUGGACAGGACGAUCAUGCCGUAAUGUUUUUGGAUGACUACCUUAACCAGAUAGAUCGUGUUGUGAAAAGAAUGGAAGGAAAGAAAGUAGAGGAAUAUGAAGUUUUUGGGUGGUUGAAGACUCAUGUUCUAGAUUCAAAGCUAGAAACGGGUAUUGAACAUCAGGAGCUUUGCUCACUCUUGUCACUCGGGGGAAAGGUGAAGGACAGUCACAUCUCUGUUCUAAUUAAUGCUGGCGUCCUUGAUGGACUUGUAACUAAACCUUCUCAGUCACAUAUGGUGGUAAUGGUUGAACAACAACAUUGGCUAUCACAAUGGGCUCCAAUAGAGACACAUGAAAGACUGGAUGCACCCUGCUAUCCUCGGAAAUAUCAAUCUAUAAGCCACUUCUCUAAUCUUCUCAAUAAUUUCAUAUGGACCAUACUAUCUCGGACUAAGUUUCUGGUUAGUUCCCUUGGCCAACUUCUUCAAUUUGUAUGGUUGUAUCUUCAAAUACACAACAUCCCCAACCUUAUACUCCACUCCUUUUCUAUUUUUUUCAGCAUGUUGCUUCAUCCGAUUUUGGGACUGCACCAGGAAGAAGUUUAUGAUCAACCCCUGGUUUUCUUGCUCCUGGUGAUUCUUGUCUUGUUUGUAAACUUCAUUGGUCUCUCUUUGGUUUGAAGCAAUCUCCUCGAGCUUGGUUUGGUCGUUUUAAUUCUGCAUUGAUACCAUUUGGCAUGACUAGAUGUGAGGCUAAUUAUUUUGUCUUCUCCUUUCAUUCUUCUUUCGGUAAGUGCAUUUGCCUUGUUUAUGUUGAUGACAUUGUCAUCAUGGGUGAUGACGAGACUGGAAUUCAACAACUCAAAGUGCACCUUUCACAUCAAUUUCAUACUAAAGAUUUUGGCCCUUUAAAGUAUUUCUUAGACAUUGAAGUUUCUCAAUCUUCUUCUGGAAUUGUCAUUAAUCAUCGUAAAUAUGCCUUUGACAUUCUUACUAAAACUGGUAUGCUUGAUAGUCGUCCUUGUGAUACUCUUAUGGAUCUCAAUAUCAAGCUUCUUCCGAGUUAGGGGGAGCCAUUGAAAGACCUGAAAAUAUAUUGCGGCUUGGUAGGUAGACUCAAUUAUCUCACAAUCACUAGACUCGACAUCAUUUUGUCAGUUAGUGUGGUAAGCCAUUUUCUAAAUGCUCCUUGUGAUAGCCAUUGGGAUGCUGUGUCAAGUAUUCUUCAAUACAUAAAAAAUGCUCCAGGAUGACAUUAUUGUAUGAAGACAAAGGUAGUGUGGUCUGCAUUAGACACACAAUACAUUCAACAAAUAUACCUUUCUAUAAUAUUUAUAUGCAUAACCAAAUACUUACCAUUUUCAUCUUGUGUGCUUACACAAUAAGAUAACCUCUGUAAAACUUUUUCCAAAUGUCACUUAAUAUACAAUUUUUUGGUUGAAUAUUUAUGCAUAAUAAUUCUGCUGGACACUUUUCAGACUAGGCAACUUAUUGAUCCAAACAUGUAUUGGUUUUCAAUUCCAAACAUUGGCUCUCAUCUCAAGGGUAUUGUUCAGGUAUAUGCAUUUAAUCAUUUCCAUGUGCAAUCACUGGCUGCUUGAAACUUUUGCAUGAUGUAUGUUCAUGUUUGACUUAGUGCAUAAUAUGGGUACUUCAACUGAGGUAUUACUACUAUUUGAGGUUAAUCUGCUACCUGAAAUUUGAGAACUGGGUUCUGGGGUGAAGGCUUGCAUUUGGCUUGGCAAGUUAUAACGUAUACCAAAUAGCAAGUUAAACGGAUUUGUGUAACUUUUCAUCAACUGUUAAGUGCAGUGGAUGUAUAAUGUGAUUUUUUGCGCAUAUCAUGUGCUAGGUUUACAAUCACUAUUGACUGGAAGACAUAUUUGUAUUAGACACAUCGUAACAUUGCUAGCUAAGCCUCACCAUAUCUCGAGAGGACCUACCUGGCCUCCCCCUAAAUUGACUGCCCUUCCCACUAAACUCAAAUUUUUAUAGGACAAUAUACGUUUGAAAAGUUAUCAAGUAAAUGAUCCAUUAGGUUGCACUCAAGCUGUUAAGCACUGUUUUAGGCUUGGCUAAGUGCAUCUUUGGAGUUUAUUCCAUCGUAUGUUUAUUCUAGAGCUGUUGAGGGAUAAUUUUGUGUUGAUUGAGUAAUUUCUGUCUUGGGGUGUGAUUUGGGUACUCCUCUGGAACUGCAAAUAUUUCAUCUUUAAUAAAACAACUGAUGUCGAGUUGAGGGAUAAUUUUGUGUGGGUUGGGUCUUUUCUUUGGGUUGUAGUCCUUUGGAACUGCAAAUAUUUCAUCUUUAAUAAAGCAAGAGAUGUCUAAAACGUUGAUAGUUCAUAUUGCUAGUCUGGAUAUGAUAGAUCAUCCUAUCUAGUUGUAAUCAAAGGUUUGGUAUACCAUGGUGUUCUUUUCUGUUGUCUAUUAUAUCUUAAUUAGUGUAAUAUAUAGAUAGAUUUGGUAUUGUAUACAAAAGAAGGAAAACAGACAAUUAAAACAGUUAGAGGUUAUAACUGUAACAAACAUAUAUAAGUCUGUUGGGGCCUUAGGAGUGUUUUUGUCGAUUCUGUUUUGGAAAAUUGUCGGGAAGGGCUGAGAGAAAUGCCACUCAGAAUACCACAUUGGUAUCUCCUGUAAACAUACAAUUGUGUUCUUGGCUAAUUUUCCCUGUCACAUUGAUAGGAAAAUAGUACGUGUUCAAUAAAGAAGUAUAUCCAGUGUAUAGUUGAAUAUAUUAGUUCUAUCAAACUGGUAUCUGGAGCUGGAAUCUUGGUACUGUGGAGGGGUGAAACCAGGGUAUGGUGAAUACAAGAAUGGAAGCAAGAUUGGGUGGGUUGGAAAAGAUGAUCCAAGAAUGGUGGGUGAUAGAGCUGAGAAUGAACAUCAUGAUUGCUUCCAACGUUUGGAGGACGGGGACGAGUCUUCCACAGGGAAUAAUCAUACAAAAAAAUGAAAUAAGGAUGACACUGAUCAGUCGCAUUGGAGAAAGCUGGAUAUUCCAGUUUUUGCAGGUGAGGAAGCCUAUGGGUGGACAAAUAGAACUCUAUUUCAGAUUGAAGGAAGUUUCUGAAGACAAAAAAAUGCAAGUUGUGAUGGUGGCUUUGGAGGGGAAAGCACUGAACUGAUUUCAAUGGUGGGAGACAUGCAAUCAGAAUCUCUCAUGGGCGGUGUUUAAGGUGGCAGUGGUACGAAGGUUCCAACCAACCAUGUUUAAGAAUCCUUUUGAAAUCUUGAUUGGAUUAACCCAAAGUGGCACAGUAGAGGAGUAUAUUGAACAAUUUGAGCAAUAUGUGGGAUUUUUGGAAGGGAUUGAGCAAGAAUACUUGGUGGCAGAAGUCAAAUUAUACGAACCUAUAGUACAUUGGCUGAACUGAUGCUUAAAGCCCAUAUGGUGGAAGAAAAGAUUCGUGUUAAUUCUAGAGGAGGGUCUACUACUGUUACCAGAACUACAGCUAGUUACAAGCCUUAUGCAGUCACCAAAAUUUUUUCCAGAGAGAUAAGGGGUUUGGCUAGUUUCAAUGAAGGCAAAGGAAAAAAUGUGGAGACAGCCAGUUCUUCAGGGAGUACUUCAAGAGGUCAGCGGGGUUCCUUUUAGAAAAUUAUCUGAUACAAAAUUGCAAGAUAAGAUCAAGAAAGCCCUUUGUUUUAGGUGUGAUGAAAAAUAUGGCCCUAACCACUUUUGCAGAAACAAAUAGAUGCACAUGUUGUUUACUGAGGAAGAGUUCACUAAUUUUGGAGAUUUUCAAGACAAUGUAGAGGGCAGUGAAGAGAAUGGGGAUGGUAGUGAACAAGUCUCUCACCACCCUAGAUCCAUUACAAACAUUAUCAUCAUCAUCACUUGUCAUUAAUGUUUUUGUGUCAACUCAUUACUGUUUGUUGCUGUUGGCAACAUCACUUGCCACCAUCACUCCCACAGCGUUGUUGUCAUCAUGGCCUCUACAAUUAUCACUAUCUUAAUCAUAGCAACCAUCAUUAACGUGGCUUUACCAUUAAUGCCAUCUUCAUAGUAUGCAACCUUUAUUAAUGGCACCACUUAUGUUUUU